AUGGCUGACGGACUCAACGAAUACCGGACGGCGCGUGUGGCCGAGCUGCUCUCCGACUUUCGCACGCUUCAAUACUACAUCGCCGCGGCGCCCUGCAACCCCCCCAACAUGGACGACUACUACACCGAAGGGUGGGCGGAGCUCCGACAGUGCGCGAUCGACGGGCAGCACAUCCUCAACUGCGCGGCCGACAUUACGGUGCCGCGCGCCAACGGCGGGCCCGAGGAGCAGGCGAAGGCGGAACUGAAGCAAGUCCUUCUCGACGCGUACGCUCGCAGGCACGAGGGACAAAAGAUCUACCUCCGACAGCAGGCGGCACAGCGCUGGAUCGACUGGCGGGACCAGGUCCUCAUGGGCGGCAGGCCGCACGCGGGGAACCAGCAACAACUCGGAGCAAUCGAUGAUCACUUGCGGGCUGAGCUCGCAAACAUCACCGACGAAGCCGUCUACUCGGAGCUACAGACCUCCGACAUCAGCUUGGGCCGCUGGACGGCCGAGGAUCCGAGCCUGGGUGCAGUGCAGCGCUGGGUGCGGACUCGACGAUGCUAA